AUGUAUGGCGAUAGCUUUGUCGAGACGUCUAGUGCUGCGGACUGGGAGAAACGUGGAGAUGACAUAAUGAAACGCUGCCUCUACGAUGUAGCUGCUAAAUGCUAUAAAAUGGCUGGCCAUGAAAGAAAAGAACAGAUUGCAACUGCAUCCAGUCAGCUUGUGAACAAUGUGGAAGAUAGUCCAAUCAAGCUGACCAUUGAUCCUAGUGUCUUUGAUAACUUGGAAUGGGAGGUCGAAUGCACAGCAGACGUGUGGAAAACUCUGAAGGACAAGAAAGUUAUGCCUAAGAUGAAACAGCAAGUCAUUGAACGAAUCAAAAGUCUGGCAUCUGGAGAAUGGAGCACAUGCGUGUACAAAUCUGUUCCAAAUGCACCACCAACUCUUAAGCUAUUUGAAACUAAAUUGUCAAAAGCAGCCAGAAUUAUCUGGGAAUUGGCAACUGCGUUUUCUCCCCGACUGAGUGAAGCAGCUGACAGAAGGCUUGGACUUGAUAAUAACCCUGAUGAACAUUUUGCCGUGAAAGGUGGCAAAAUCUAUUCUGAGAUUAUAAGAGUCUGGGAUAUUGUACUGGAUCAUGACCAUCUGAAUCAUGCAGUUACAAAAAUCAUCAAGUCCCAUAACCGUGGACAAAAUUGUAUUCUGCACAGAAACCUCAAGGGUAUUAAGGAUAAACAGUUUAGCGGUACUGAAGUGCAAAAAAGAGUGCCGAUGCUUUUCGCCGAGGAAAAUGACGAUGUGGACUUGGUAGCUGUCAGGGAAGAUCAACAGUCUCUAAGACUCUACCCUCCAGCAAGCCCGGAAGAGACGGAAUACCACAUUCUCAAAUUCUAUUCCUUCUCCUCAACCCUUGUUUUAAACAUUCUUCAGAACCAUGAAAUGAAGGUGGACUUCCCAUUCCGCGUGACUGACACAGAACAUGCCAUAAUUAACCUGGAGUCAAAGUCACCCAUCUUACUGCUGGGCAGAAGUGGGACAGGGAAGACAACAUGCUGCCUGAACAGACUGUGGACACUUUUCACAGCCUAUUGGAUACACGCAAAGGAGGCUGGUGACCCUCUGCUUCCACGAGAACAUCAGUUUAUUGAGAAAGUGGAUGAAGAAGAAGCGGAUAACGAACACGUUUUGAGUGAAGAGCCAUCAACAAGUACAGCCUGCAAAGAAAUGGAUGGUGAAGAAAUUAAAGAUGAUGUGAUUUUCGAUCACCUGCACCAGUUGUUUGUCACAAAGAACACCUUUCUCUGCAGUGAGAUUCACAAGAACUUCAGCGAUCUCUGCCAUGCAUCGGACAUCGCAGAAGAACAUGUUAAGAUGGAAAAUGACACUUUGCCAAAUAUACUUCAAGAUGUGAAUGAUUUUCUCUACCCACUGUUCCUGACAUCCAGACAACUACUGCUGAUACUGGAUGCAUCACUGAAUCCUCCGUACUUCUUUAAUAGGAAUGAUGAUGGAAGCCUGAAGGUUGUCAUACAGGGCUGGGGAACCCAGGAGGAUCUGUUUGGCUACACCCCACUUGACCACGACUCUGAUGAUGAGCAGUCGGAUGAUGAUGAUGAUCAGGAUGACAUGCUUGAUGAGCCCAUGGCUGAACAUGCUGCUACAGCAGCAAAGAAACUGAAGAUGGAUCCUCGUCGAGAAGUCACAUAUGAUGUUUUUGCUAAUGAGGUCUGGCCGAAGAUAUGUAAGAAAUCAUCAGUGGACUACCAUCCAAUGUUGGUAUGGACUGAAAUCAAGUCCUUCAUUCGAGGAUCAUUUGAGGCUGUCAAAAAACCAAAUGGAAUCCUGGAGAAGGAUGAGUACAUUGAACUGGGACGCAAGCGUGCACCCAAUUUUAGUGGAGAGCGUCACAAGAUUUAUCAACUGUUCCUCGAAUAUAAUCACUUUAAGAAACAGAAGUUCCUGUUUGAUGAGUCUGAUCUGAUUUAUUCCAUCUACAAGCGGUUGUGUAACCUCGAGGAACAACCAUGGGUACUGCAUGGAAUGUACGUCGAUGAAACGCAGGAUUUCACACAGGCAGAAUUGGCAAUUCUGAUUCGAAUCACACAAAAUCCCAAUAACAUGUUUUUAACUGGAGACACGGCACAAAGCAUCAUGAGAGGAAUUUCAUUUCGUUUCAGUGAUCUGCAGACACUCUUCUAUUAUGCCAAGAAGUCGCUGCAUGCUGUGGGCAAAACCAAAUCAGUUGAAGUUCCAAAUCAGAUGUACCAGCUGACACACAACUACCGGUCACAUGCUGGUAUUCUCUCUCUUGCAUCUGCCAUCUUGGAUCUGAUGGUUGAAUAUUUUCCAGAGUCAUUUGAUCGUCUGAAGAAGGAGCAAGGUUUAUUUCCGGGACCUCAACCAGGUCUUCUUGAGUACUGUAGUCCUGUAGUGUUAGCCUUUCUCUUGCAGGGACACAAACGUGAAACAUCCCACAUAGAAUUUGGUGCACACCAAGCCAUUUUGGUUGUGAACGAUGCAGCAAGAGACUCCAUUCCUGAAGAGCUACGACUGGGCUUGAUUCUGACUAUCUAUGAAGCAAAAGGCCUCGAAUUUGAUGAUGUUUUGCUUUACAACUUCUUCAAGGAUUCUUACGCUUCCAAGGAGUGGCGAGUUGUGACUGAAUUCCUGGAAAAGUUAACACAGAACAUGGAUACUACAGACCUUGGUGAGAAUCUUGUGCAGCUUGACGAAGAGGUUUUGAAACAGCCUUCCCGACCUCGACCUUUGACAUUCAAUCCGAACCAACAUAAAGUGUUGAACUCUGAACUGAAGCACCUGUACACGGCACUGACGCGCGCUCGCGCCAACGUGUGGAUCUUUGACGAGAGUGAGGAGAAACGAGCGCCCAUGUUUGAGUAUUUCAAAGCCAGACGUCUUGUGCGGGUUGUUUCGUCAUACAGUAAAGAAGAAUCAGUCUUUGCCGAGACGUCUAGUGCUGCAGACUGGGAGAAACGUGGAGAUGACAUAAUGAAACGCUGCCUCUAUGAUGUAGCCGCUAAAUGCUAUAAAAUGGCUGGCCAUGAAAGAAAAGAAAAGAUUGCAACUGCAUCCAGUGGUUAUGGGUUUGAAAUCACAUUUCUCGAGUGUGACAUGUUAACGGAGGCGGCUCUCUGUCUUCGAAAUGUCAAAGAGUAUGAGCUAGCUGCACAGGUCUUUGAGAAGAGUGGACAGUUUACGGAAGCUGCUAGGAUGUAUCAACGAUCGAAGAAACCACUAGACUGUAGUCAAUGCUAUGAAAAGCUUGGACACUACAACAAGGCAGUUGAUAUUCUUUACAAAGAGGAGAUGUAUGAUAAAGCGAUCGACUGUUUGCGAAGAUACACGGAAUUGAUGUCUAAAAGACAGACCAUGCCCCAGGUGAUACUGGACCAUCAGCCUCAAGACGCAUACACUGAAGAGAGACUCACUUACAAGUCAGCUGAGCUGCAUGCUCGUCAGGGCAACAAGACAAAGAUGACUGCUGCAUUAGAACGAUUGUCUUCUUUUGAUGACAAAAUAAAAAUCCUUGUCCAACAUAAUUACCAUGAUGAUGCUGUGGAUUACCUCGUAAAGAAAGGUAAAACAAAAGAAGCUGCUCAGUUAAUGUUGAAGAAUGGGGAACCAGCGAAGGCUUUAACAGCUGCAGAGAAAGGACGAGACAGAGCUAUAAUUGGAGAAUGUCAUUUCAUCAUGGCACAAUCUCUAAAAGACAAAACUAACAUGAUGGAGGAAGUUGUCAAACAUCUAAACAAAGCUGUUGAAUCAUUCGAAGCAGCUCAUGAAAAAAGUGGACAGGCAAAAGCUCUUAUGGUUUUAGCUAACAUCAACAGGGACAAGGACAUGGCCAAACGUGCAGUGAAAUUAUUUCAAGCAGAGAGGCCAUAUUCAAAUGAAGCUGGACAAGUGGAAGCCAUACAGGUUGUUAUGGAUUUGUCGAAUGAGGAAUUUGAAUUUGAGGAUUACGUUACUAUAAUCUUAGGGAUUGAGAUGAUCUUUCGCGUUAUUAAAACACUUAUCAAGCAGUCAUCGUAUCAAGACAAAGCUAGAGCUAAGCUCUACUACAGGUACUUUGGUUUAUAUGAAACCGAUGCAAAAUCUUCACAGUUAGAAAUUCAUCCUAAUGAGAAACCUCGAUGCAUAAAAGUAAUUAAAGAUUUGGCGGGAGACAUGACAAAGAAAGAAGCAGUUAUUAAAAGAAAAGGAUUCAGAUAUGUAUCUCUCUCUGUCACUUUCUGCUUUGUCUCUCUGUCUAUGUUCCUUCUGGCCAAGACAGCUCCUGGCACUCGCUUUGUUCUACCUGCCACAUACCUGGCUGCAGUUGACUUUGUAGAUUUGUCCUUCGCCAAACAAAGUUGCCCAAUCCAAGAACUUGUCCACUUGUUCAAACCUAACUAUAACACGUUUCAGGGUUUUCAGGAUCAUCUUCAGACAAUAGUUGAGGUGGUUUGUGGUCGCGGAUCGCACAUGAGUUUACUUCAACUCUAUUUUAUGGAAAACAAAGAUGACUAUUUGGCUGCUGAAAGAUGCUUGGUGCUAACAAUGGUUUUCUUGGUGAAUAUUGGAUUCUUUCUUCCAGCCCUCUGUGAAGAUGAUAUCAUGAAGACGACCAAGGGUUUACAGCUGCCCAUGUCAGUACCACGACGUCUGUCCACAACACUGCAGGCAGUGGGUAGAGCAAAUGGACCAUCUGACAUAGCUGCUAUUCUUCAAGACCUGCUGUAUGAGAGAGAAAAUGAACACCUGCUUGAUUGCUGGUGGAGUUGGAAUGCUAGAAGACGACAAGGAGUACAGCAUCAUCAGUUGACUGAUUUGUCUAGAUUCCCUAAAGAGUUUCUGGUCUUCGGUACUGCUGGAAAUAGGGAUACUGAAAGAAAAGAUUUCUCUGAUGCAAAUUCUCAGUCUAACAAACUAGAAAAUGAUGUACUGGAAGAAGAGGAAAUGACAGUCCAAGAUCGUGAGAGAGUUCAGAAAGAACAUGAGCAACUGGACAGACAAGACAAGGAAAACGAGGCUUCUAAGAUUAUUCUGCGCUUAUUCAAGAGUAUAAGCAUGAAGUAUCGUAUUGGACAUUUAACAAAGAGAGUUGUUCAGGAGAUCCUUAAGGAAUUUGAUAUUAAAGAGACAUUUUGUGGUGUCUGUGGAGUUCCAUUAAAUAGCUCAGAAAGUGAAGAAGCUGUCUCAAGCUCCGGCAAUCAGAAUGAUGUUGAUGCUAUGGAUAGUGCUGCACUAUCUUUGCCUGCAAUUGCAGACUACAUGAAAGCCACAAGAUCACUGGAAACCUUAAAGAAACAUCAAACAUCACAAGAACACAUUGAGAAAAAUAAUCAGUUUGAACACUUCAAGAAAUUGUAUUACGAAGAUGAGAUGCUGCUUUGUCUUAGUAGGCUUGGCAUCUUUGUACAUGACAACAAGCUAUGCGAUCCCGAGAUGAAGUCCAAGGCUUAUGCUGAUGUAUCGGCUGAUAUUGACCAGCUGUUGUCAGAUAGGGACAAAGUACAGACGGAUCAGCAGAACAUCGUGGAUAACCACAGCUGGGAGAAAACUGAACAACUUCGCCAUGAUUUCCUUAGUUUACAACAGCAUUGUAAAAAAGUUCAACCAGUGAUAUUAAAGACGUUCCAAGAAUAUCAGUCCAAGAACAAAGAAACGACUGCGAAAGAGCAACCAUGUGAACCAUCACCUGAUGUGGAAGAGGAAGAAACAGUACAGCAUGAAGACGUCGUGCCACCCCCGAAAACUAGGACAAGCCAUAACCAGCGUCCUCGCCGCCGCCGCCGCCGCUAUCCUCUUGCCCCACGCUUUAAAUGAAAUAACUGACUGAUAUGAAUUAAUAUACACAUUUGUUAGAUGUUGAUUCUUGUAGCUUAGACACCU